AUGCUGGGGCACAGCCGCAACGGGCAGGCCCACGUGCCCCGGCGGAAGCGCCGUAACCGCUUCGUCAAGAAGAACGGCCAGUGCAACGUGUACUUCGCCAACCUGAGCAACAAGUCGCAGCGCUACAUGGCGGACAUCUUCACCACCUGCGUGGACACGCGCUGGCGCUACAUGCUCAUGAUCUUCUCGGCGGCCUUCCUGGUGUCCUGGCUCUUCUUCGGCCUCCUGUUCUGGUGCAUCGCCUUCUUCCACGGGGACCUGGAGGCGGGCCCGGCGGCGGGGGCCCCGGCGGGCGGCGGCGGCGGCGGCGGGGCGGCCCCCGCGGCCCCCAAGCCCUGCAUCAUGCACGUCAACGGCUUCCUGGGCGCCUUCCUGUUCUCGGUGGAGACGCAGACCACCAUCGGCUACGGCUUCCGCUGCGUGACGGAGGAGUGCCCGCUGGCCGUCAUCGCCGUGGUGGUGCAGUCCAUUGUGGGCUGCGUCAUCGACUCCUUCAUGAUCGGCACCAUCAUGGCCAAGAUGGCCCGGCCCAAGAAGCGGGCGCAGACGCUGCUGUUCAGCCACCACGCGGUGAUCUCGGUGCGCGACGGCAAGCUCUGCCUCAUGUGGCGUGUGGGCAACCUGCGCAAGAGCCACAUCGUGGAGGCCCACGUGCGGGCCCAGCUCAUUAAGCCCUACAUGACGCCCGAGGGCGAGUACCUGCCGCUGGACCAGCGGGACCUCAACGUGGGCUACGACGUCGGCCUGGACCGCAUCUUCCUGGUGUCGCCCAUCAUCAUCGUGCACGAGAUCGACGAGGACAGCCCGCUGUACGGCAUGGGCAAGGAGGAGCUGGAGGCCGAGGACUUCGAGAUCGUGGUCAUCCUGGAGGGCAUGGUGGAGGCCACGGCCAUGACCACGCAGGCCCGCAGCUCCUACCUGGCCAGCGAGAUCCUGUGGGGCCACCGCUUCGAGCCCGUGGUCUUCGAGGAGAAGAGCCACUACAAGGUGGACUACUCGCGCUUCCACAAGACCUACGAGGUGCCCGGCACGCCCUGCUGCUCCGCCCGGGAGCUGCAGGAGAGCAAGAUCACCGUGCUGCCCGCCCCGCCGCCCCCGCCCAGCGCCUUCUGCUACGAGAACGAGCUGGCGCUGCUGAGCCCCGAGGAGGAGGAGCUGGAGGAGGAGGCGGCGGCGGCGGCCGCGGCCGCGGUGGCCGCGGGGCUGGGCCUGGAGGCCGGCUCCAAGGAGGAGGCGGGCAUCAUCCGGAUGCUGGAGUUCGGCAGCCACCUGGACCUGGAGCGCAUGCAGGCCACCCUGCCGCUGGACAGCAUGGCCUACCGCCGGGAGUCGGCCAUCUGA